CCAUCAGUGAGUAAGGGGGCAUGCCAGGAGCAGGGAGUGAGAGGGUGUGCUGCUGGAGGAGUGAAGAGUUCAAGCGUGAUCAGGCUUUGGGAGGAAGAUCCUGCCGUGAGGGUAAAGAAGGGCCCCGAUCCCAAUACUGGAUGGAGCGAGGGGAAGAGCUGCAAGUCCCGGAUCUCAGCAAAGGCGAGGACGAUGACAGCUGGCCGGGCCCCCAAACAGGUGAGAGGCUGGCGAGUGUGGCUGGGGCAGAGGAUGCUGCACCGGGAAGGGGCAGCACCAGCACUGAUGUGGAGCUGGUGGGGGGAGCGUGGCACAAAGACCCUGCUGCGGGGGCAGAGGAAGCUGUGCGAGGAGGCAGUGCCAGGGAGGAGGAGGCUGUGCCGGGAGGUAGCGCUGAUGCAGAGCCGGCGCGGCACAGAGACCCCACAGUCAGGUGGCCCUUUAAAUGCAGCGAGUGUGGGAAGAGCUUCCGGCAGAGCGCCACGCUGACAAGGCACCAGCUCCUCCAUGCGAGCGAGAGGCCCUACGUCUGCACCACCUGCAGCAAAGGCUUUUGCGACCGCGCGGCGCUGGCCACGCACCAACGGGCGCACACAGGCGAGCGCCCCUUCCCCUGCCUGGUGUGCGGCAAGGCCUUCGCGGGCAGCUCGGCGCUGCUGGUGCAUCAGCGCGUGCACACCGGUGAGCGCCCCUACCGCUGCGGGGAGUGCGGGCAGAGCUUCCGGCAGAGCGCCCACCUGACGCAGCACCAGCAGGGCGCCCACGCCAGCCAGCGCCCUCACACCUGUGGUCACUGCGGCAAGAGCUUCGGGCUGUGCUCCACGCUGGCACGGCACUUGCAGACACACAGCGUCGAACGCCCCCACGCCUGCCCUGACUGCCCUCGCCGCUUCCGCCAGCGAGCCCACCUGCUCCGGCACCGGCUAGCGCACACGGGUGAACGCCCCUUCCCCUGCCCGGUCUGCGGCAAGGCCUUUGCCCUGAGCGCCACGUUGCUGCGGCACGAGCUGGUGCACAUGGGCGAGCGCCCCUACCGCUGCGGGGAGUGCGGGCGCAGCUACACCCAGAGCUCCUACCUGCGCCAGCACCAGCGCAGUGCCCACGCCGGCCAGCGCCCCCACGCCUGCCCGGACUGCGGCCGCGCCUUUGCUGACCGUGCCAACCUCCUGCGGCACCAGCGGGGCCACGCAGGCGCCUGACCCCACGCCUGUGCUGAGUGUGGGCGGCGCUUUGCCCAGCUGGCACACCUCCGGGAGCACGGGCGUACGCACAGCGGGGAG